UUUUGAAAAAGAUUAAAAAAAUAAUAUUUAAAAAAAAAAAAUCUAUACAGUAAAAAUGAUAUUUUUUUAAUUAAUUUAAGAUAUUUGUGUAAAGUUCCUAAAAAACAAAAAAGGAAUAGAAAUGGGCCGGAUUCAGGUUUGAGAAAUAAUGGAGGCCCAAACACGUACAAAGUUGCGUUUUCUAAUUUCUCUAGAGUGUAAUGCUGUGUGGUUAAUUGCGAGCGCGGGAGAUUAUUAUAUCCUCUGAGUUUCAUUUGCUCCUCAAAAUUUAUCUCUCAAACCAUCAAACUCAAAUCAAAUGGAUGCUUCUUCUUCGCUGUGUUUGGACUUAAUUUCGAGCGCAUUUCAAAGAUGUCGUGUAUCUGAAGAUAUUUGCAGACUCUCAGUUAGUCUCAAAUCACCUCCACCUCUCGGUUCUCCCAUUACUCAAAUUUCAAUUUCAGAUACAGGAAUUGGAAGCAAUUUAGAAGAGUUUCAGUAUCUAAAGUGUACCAAAGAAGCCAUUGAUACACAAAAGUGGGAUGGAUUGCUGUCUGUCACAAAUACUAGUAUUUGUGAUAGUGAGGUAUACAAUUAUCUUUUAAAUUUGAGAGAAAGCAUUGCUAGUAGAAGAUUGACUCGGUUACCUUCAAACCCUAAGAAUGGUUCAGAAUUCAGUGGGACUCAAGUAUGUCUGUCCAUUGUUGAGAGCGUUGAUGUUUUAGAGUCAGUGAUUGUUUGCUUCUUUCAAAAGAUUCUCAUUUUAAAGAUCCCUAAUGUUGCAGUUGAACUGGUGGUUGAAUGCUUGGAUAUCCCUGGAUUACGACGUGUGAAUGUCUUUUUAGCAAAUGAGAGCAAUCCCUUGCCCCUUUCAACUUCAAAUGAUGAGCGUUUGAUGUCUGGCCUUCAAGAUUAUGUUUUAAAGCAUGGAAAUAUAUUAAAUCAAAAUUGUAAUUCAUGCUUUCGAACUCGAGAGCAACUCAAGAUUGGGAAUGGAAUGGCAUGCAACCUGGAAAAUCAAAGGGGUUCAGGACUGACAAUGGAAGUGGUUAUUAUAAUAAGCGAGUCAGCACUAACCUGUCCUUGCUUCAGUCAAUGCUUCUCAAAAACAGAGGUAUUAUAUUUUGAAGAUUUCAAACCUUGUUCAAUUUCCAACCAAUUCCUAAAUGCUCUGUCUAGCAUUGAUUGGAAAAGUUAUGGAAUGACUUUGGGGAAUGUUGGCGAUCAAGAAGGCAACCUGCUAGUAUGGGAAAACUUGCCACCUAAUACUCAUAUAGCUAUCGCUCUCCACUCCUACCAUAAGCAGGUCAUCAUAUCAUCAGCAAGGCGUAAAACUCGAACGGAUCGUUAUCUUAUGAAAAGAGCAGUUAAACUUGCAUUGGAUGAUUUGAAAGAGAAAUAUGCUGGAAUGCUUCUAAGUGAACAUGCCCUCAAGAUUCGGAGUUAUGCCCCUGAUUUUGCAAGGUCUAUUGCGGGACUCAUUUUAUUGUCCAAUGAUCCAGAUUUCCAAGAAGAAUGCUAUUCUCUUCUUGGUUUGCAAACCAGAGAGAUCGAACAGGAAAUUGUUAAAGAUUGUAUUAAGGAGAAGAUCAUUUCAAUUAUAGAUACAAAUGAUAGAAAGUCCCGAGGAAGCAAAGAAAUGGCAACGGCACCUUUUCUUUUUGAAGAUGACUGCUGCUGGAACUCAAACUUUCAAGACAAUGAAUAUGAAGGUGAGGAUGAAAGUGGAUAUGCAUUUAAUUACUUGGACUAACAUCUAUACAUACAUACUUGCGAAAAUGGAUAUUGGAGGUUAGAGAGCCUUUAGCAAAUGUGUUUAAUAGUAUAUAUUUCAGGUUCAUUUUCCUGUCCGGUCUCUGGGUAGAAAUAUAUGAGAAGGAAAGAGCUACUCUAUUAUGUGGCUCAUUUAAUAUUUUGAUAUAAGAAAAUGGUUACUUGAUAGCAUAAAACGGAAGUAGGAGGACUUUUACUUCUUAUUUUUCCUUUGCCCUUUCUUUCAUAUCUUCCACCUUUUUCACCAAAUGAAAUAGAAUAUGUCAACUUUCAUGGAUCGCUCUAUUGUCCCAUGAAGUUGUGGAGGCAUUCUUUCAAAUCCGGAGGCUCAGUUGAGGAAUCCGUCACCAAAGGAUCACCCAACAAGGCUAGGUUUUGUGAUGAUUUUAACAUGAUGAUCCAGCUUUAGCCUCCUCAGGAAGCUCUCACAGAAUAGUAAAAACAACUUCACAUUUGCAUACAUGCUUCUGCACAUCCUUAAAAAAAGAAGCGAUGUACGGAUUGGAUUGCUAUCACCAGUUUUUAUCCUUUCUGGGUAUGUGAUCAUAAAAAUGUCGUGAGACACCGUCUUAUGAGCUGAACAUGAUGAAAGAUUUCGAAGAGACAUUUUAACGAAUAUGUAAAGCUCAAAUCAAUGUUAUUAGAAUUGCCAAUAAAAUACAGCAAAUCUAUAGAUAAAUAUGUAUUUAUAUACUUUAUGAAGUCUCUCCAAGGAUAAAAGUGGAAUAACUAUAUGAUCCAGGUGAAAGUUAUACAUUCUUUUGUCCACACUUUAUACGUAUUUUGUGUGAAGUUAAGCCACACGACAAAUAGAGGCCAAGCAAUUAGCCUAC